AUGGGGGCAAGAAAAAUCAGGCAACAUUUCGCGCUCAACAUCUGUAGAGCAUACCGGACUACAGCAACGAGUUCUGCAUUGAUCCUGGCAGGCCUUCUACCCCUACAUAUCAAGGCACAGGCAGAAGCCGCCUACACUAGGCUAAUUCACUUACGACGGGACGCCACCUUGAAUGGCAGGACUCUCUGUCCGAUCACUUUUGAACACCCUGGAGAUGUCCUUCAAACACACCCAGCCCUUAAAGGCAAGGGAGUUCGAGUGACUAUUUCUACAGAGCCUUCAGCAAACAUGGCUAAUGACAACAAAGCCUAUAUUUUCACUGAUGGCUCCAAGUUCGAAAAUGGAGUCGGAUGCGCUUUUGUGCAAUUUGAGAAUCACAUUACGACUUAUGAAUGGAAGGGCCACUUAGCUGACUCCAACAGCGUUUUCCAAGCAGAAGCGCUCGCUCUCACAGCAGCAGUUCAGCAUAUAAUAGAAGACACCGGUAUUAAUAAUGCAACCAUCUUCUCGGAUAGCGCAUCUACAUUGUACGCCAUCCAGAACCAUAUGCACACGUCACAAAUUAUUAUGAAUUUGCAACAGAUGCUAAGGCUCAACAGCUCCCGCGAGAUUUCCAUAAAAUGGGUCAAAGCCCACGCAGGCAUCCUUGGUAACGAGGCAGCAGACCAGCUUGCGAAGGAGGCAGCUAACAACAUUGCAGCGCAAGAGCUGUACGUUCCAUCGCCUCCCUCUUACCUCAAACGUCUACUCAAGGAUGAAGCUGCCCGCAUAUGGCAAUCAGAGUGGGACCAAAGUGACACAGGCAGGAGAACUUAUAUGUUCUUCCCAAAAGUGUCCACUGACCGCACUAUAGGAAUUGCGCCAUUGUCACACUACAUCUCCGGACAUGGCCCUUUCCCUACUUACUUCUGUAGGCACGGAAUCUCAACUACAAAUGUAUGUGUGUGUGGCAACGAAGGCACACCCGACCAUUAUAUCUACCUACCAAUGCCCACUUACGUCGCAGCACCACCUGCCUACACCAUCCAGCAAUGA